AUGGCCGCCAAUCAAUCUUCUAAUGGAGAAGACGAAACCUUGGGAGCAAACUACAAUUUCAUACCAGUGCCUUCAGUUUACGAGCACGAUAUCAGAUUCGACAAUCGUAAUGCCGAAGAACUGCAUCAUGGGAUACUUGAAGCUGCGCGAGUGGAACAUGAAAGGGUUCGGAAUGAAGCUGUGCGAAUCUUCCAAAUCACUCUUCUACAAGAACAACAACUUCGGGCACAGCAAGAAGUUCAAGCGGAACAAAAAAGGUUACAAAUUGAAGAGAUGCGCUUAAAAAUUGAGGAAAAUCGCGUCCAGACGGAAAGGCAAAAUGCAUUGGCAGAGAUCAAGAGGAGGGAAUUGGAAGAAGAAGCAAAAAGGAUACCCGUUGUCCCUCCAAAGCCUCCUACCCCUCCGCCAGUUGCACCACCUAAAGUUCCUGUACAAAUGAAUUCGAAUCCACCGCAGAAUCAAUUCCAGAAUCCCCAACAACAACAACAACAGCAGGGGAAUACCAGUUGGGGGUUAUUUGGCGCGCCAAGUCAACGAACGGAUGGAUCUGGACAAAGCAAACCUCAGCAAGCCAGUCCCUUAUCGCGACCUCAACUACAGCAGCAAACAAAUGGGUUUUCAGAUGUUCAACAAGAGCCCCCAAAGCAAUCAUCGGCACCACCUCCACCUCAACAACCUACAUCUACCAGGCAAGCUUCAGCUUCCUCAAAAGAUCAUCUACUACCUGGCUUGGAACGUUAUGUGGAAAUACACAAGAAUCUCAAACAAUUACGGCAGUACUUGGUAGCAGAAGGAAAACAAAAUUUACCAUUCAAGAAAAUGCUGGGAGAUUAUCGAAGAUCGAUUCGGCAAACGGUUGGACAGUUGACUGGUGAAAGAGGUGCGAAUAAGGAGUGUAUUAAUAAAAUCGUCGAUUUACUCACUCAAUCCCUUCGCAGAGUUCAAUCCCCAGGGAUUGACCCCAGCAAUUAUAUGAUCUCGAAACCAAAUCCGGUGCAAGGGGCUCAGAAUAAUGGAGAUCAACUUCCGUCUCUCUUCAUUUACCUCCUUAACUUUUUCUCCAAAGCCAUUGUUUCCCAAUUUACAACUGAAGCGGGGGUCCGACCAGAAACUGCAGACCCUGUUGGUGUCAUUGCCGUGUCAAUUUUUGCCAAAACGGAAUUCUUAUGGAGGGGUGCUUCAUUAAUCGAUAUCCUAAUAGCAAAGAUGCGAAUCUCAAUACCUAUCAUCUUUGGAGUUCGUGGAAAUGAGAAAACAGAAGAAGGAAGAGCCCGAGUAGGAUGGCAAAGGCUAGAGGACGGAAGUUGGAUCGAUGAACAAAUUCAUAACAACAGGAUGGUUGGGCUAGCGGCGGGCUAUGCAGCAAUUUCUUUGCGAGACUUUUCCAAAGCGAAAGUCACGAAUCCUUGGCCACCAACGAAUUAUUGGAGGUCUAUGGCUAGUAUCGUGUCUACACCAACGGAACAAGCUUCACCAUCACAAUAUACGGUUCUACGAUCCAUGAUUGAGGGUUGGGAACAGAGAUUUAUCGAACUGUAUGGAGUUCAAGCAGUUGCUGCCCUAAGAGUUGCCUUGAUAGAUUUCCCAGCUCGCGCUCCCCCUGCAGCAAAAGUGGCUGCUGACUCGUUGAGUGUUUUAGUUGACAAAUUGGAGAGGGACAAGGGGCUAAGGCUUGCCUAUUGA